AUGGAUACUCGGUUUCCCAUCUCGCGUGAUGAUCUGUAUAACCUACAGAUGGAGGUGAAACAAGUUCAAUAUACCCAGAGCAAUCACGCGGAGCGGCUGUUGAGACUAGAGAAACGCAGUGCGGAUGAUUCCGCUUUGAAGUCAGUGUGGAAUUCCCCGUUUCCCGGAAUUUUAGGCGGUACGCCACACCAAGGGCCUGUCCAAACGCCACACAAUGAUGUUUUCGAUGACUUGGAUGAGCAUGGUGAACAACUGCUUGGUUCUCUCCAUCUCGGCCCAGCUGAAGAGGAGCCUGUGCGACGGGGUGCGGCUUCGCGAGCUAAUAGUGUUAGGUUUGAUGAAAGCGCCUUGCAUGGCUCCAGCUGGGGUGGCCAAAGCAACCGGCAUUCGGGCGACUUUGGGCCUUUACGACCUGGCAGCGGCCUUAUGAUGGAACGCACUUUGUCCCACAAAUCUGAUGGGAGACACAGCUCUGCCGGCCACUCAGUUCACUCACACCAUUCAGUGGCAUCUGGUCGGGCCAGUAGCCUGGGCCUUGAUACCAACUACGCAGGGGUGGAUGACGACUCUUCCUCGUUUGAGAUACCCGGCCCACCGGUAUCUCUCUAUGUACUAGGCACCGUGCCAUCGAUCGUUCGAUGCUGGCUCACUACAAACUUCGCCCACGGCACUCUCUUGUACGCAGACGUUUGCACCGGGUCGCAAAAGUCCGUCAUCGAUUCAUCUUUGCUUAAAGAACUCGAUCUCUUAAGGGAAGUUGAACGAGACGUUGACGGAGUUGAUCGAAUCAGACUCAAUGUAUAUCUGGCCGAAGCAGUUGUUACGCGACACGAAAACCACAAUGGAAGCUCAACAGGGGGAGUUCCUUCCAUGGCGGUCGCGUUCGAGGUUAUGGGAAACGAGCAGUCCAGCACCAUUGGCGAUCGUAAGGGUAUUCGCAUAUAUAUUGGAAGUGAUGCCUUGAGGGCUCACUCAGCCGACGUACUAUUUUCACAAAACACCAUGGUCUUGUAUGGAAAUGAACAAGAACGGCUGCGUGUUCCGUUUGUACGGCCUGAGGAUGAGAAUGCUUUCCGGUAUAUAUACACGACGAGCAUGGCACCGGAAAAGCCUAAAUUGAAUGCGACGGCAACACCAUUUGUUCUAGGAGACAGCAGGGUCUCGAAUAAUGGUAGGAGUGGCGCACCUUCUCCAGGAGCGCUCCACGAAAAAGCGGCGCCUACUCAGCCAAUAUCACCUGAUGAGUCGGAUAUGGAGUCUCAUAAAUCAGAGGAGCGGCAAGCAACUUUUGAACAUGGCGGCGAUAGUGACAACCACGGGCGAGAAGCGAAUUAUUCCGAAACAAGCGGAAAAGAUGACACGAGCGCUUCAGAGGUGUCCCGACGGGAGUCAUCAUCAACCUCUACUGGGAUAUGGGGUUCGUGGCGACAAGGCGCUGGCGCUGGGCCAGAUGGGACACAGCGAGAGACGGGCCCUCUGAGCGGCUACCAACCGGCCGGUCGCAGUGGCCGUAACAUGAAGGUAUUGAAACCUCUAAAAUCAAACUCCAAUUCCGCCCGAACGGGUGCUUCAUAUGAGCCACCCCUGCCGCCCAAAUUCUCCACUGAAGGCAGACGCAAGAGCCAGGUCAGCCUGAACGGUGACGGUGGCGGCGUCGGCGCGGCCAAUCGUUGGGACGUUAAACGGUCCGUCAGCUCAGGUGCAGAGCUCAAGAUGGAGAGUUCGAAUCGAGAGAAUCAAAAGGGCGCAGCACUGCCGCGAUCUGCCAACCCAGUUGGAGUGGCUUCUGCAUUCUCGUGGAUGACCCCGGCCACCAAGGUUUCCAAGACUUCGCCAGCAGGAGGGUGA